ACUCUCCCAACAUAGUAUUCAAUUUAGACGCCAAUUCUAAAAUAAAUCACACUCAGUAUCUUAUGUAAUACAAACGCGUAAAAUAUGCAAGUUUUUUCGUUUGUUAUGCACGACUUAAUCCAGAACCUGUUACAGUUUAGUAUUUAAUAUUACAAACUGAAUUAUUAUUAUUAUAUAAGAAAUAAAAGUAAACAUGGGUGAUAGAGUGAAUUCAAAAAUCGUAUUUCCAAUUAUUGUUGGGGUCGGUUCUGUUGUUAUAAUAGCAUCAGUUGUAGCACAUUGUGUUUGGGGUAAAAAAUCCAAGCCCUCCAAGAGUAAAAAACUUGUGGCUCUAGUGGACCCUAAUGUCAAGUAUCCAUUACCUCUCAUUGAACGGGAAGUGAUCAGUCAUGAUACAAGACGGUUUCGGUUUGGAUUGCCUACUCCUGAACAUGUCCUAGGAUUACCGAUAGGCCAACACAUUCAUCUAUCAGUUAAGAUAGAAGAUGACCUUAUUAUCAGAGCGUACACUCCAGUCUCCAGCGAUGAAGAGAAAGGUUAUGUUGAUUUGGUCAUCAAGGUGUACUUCAAAAAUGUCCACCCCAAAUUCCCCGAUGGUGGUAAAAUGUCACAAUAUCUGGAGAACAUGAAGAUCGGUGACACAAUAGAUGUGAGAGGACCAUCGGGACGGCUGCAGUACGCGGGGAAUGGAACCUUCCUGAUCAAGAAGUUAAGGAAAGAUCCCCCCGUCAGAAUUGCCACGAAGAAACUUAACAUGAUUGCAGGUGGGACGGGCAUCACGCCAAUGUUGCAGCUCAUCAGACACAUAUGUUCGGACGCGAACGACCGCACCGAACUGCGGCUGAUAUUCGCGAACCAAACCGAGCAGGACAUCCUGUUGAGAGACGAGCUGGAGAAAUACCAGAACGAACAUCCCGAACAGUUCAAGCUUUGGUACACGGUCGACAGAGCCGACGAAGGUUGGAAGUACAGCACCGGCUUCAUCAACGAUGAAAUGAUCAAGAGCCAGCUGUUCCCGCCCGCCGAUGACGUCAUCGUGCUGAUGUGCGGCCCCCCUCCCAUGAUCAACUUCGCGUGCAGCCCCGCGCUGGAGAAGCUCGGCUACGCGGAGAAUCUCCGCUUCGCUUACUAGUUCACGAACAAUCUCCGAUUACACAGUUACACUUGAGCGCCUUAGCCGACGUAGGGGCUGGAAGAGGGGUAGUUUUGUAACAAUAAAUAUUGUAUGACUUUAUUGAAGACAAGUGUUUUAAUGAACCGUUACCGACUCAAAAGC